AUGAUCGAUUUCACGAAUGCACCAGAGAUCAGGUCGAUCCUUGGUUUCGAAUCGGACAUCUUGGUGAAAGGAGUAGGUGGUUUCGGCGCUGCACAGCGUGUUCGACACGCUGGCGUUCAAGAACGAGAUCAGUUUCUGGCGCAAUCGGAACAACAUGGAGGGCUUGUCGGUUCGCACAGUGUUCAUGAACGUGUUCGUGAAUCUGAUCGUGCUGCUUUAUCUCAUCAACAACGAGACCUCCAUGAUGAUCCUGAUCUCCAACGCCGUGGGCCUUCUGAUCGAGCUGUGGAAGGUCACCAAGGCGGUGAAGAUUCGCUUCUAUUGGAAGGGGAACAUGCCGGUUCUUCGAAUUCGCGACCGCGCGACGUACAGCACGAGCAAGACGAAGGAGUACGACGACAUCGCGAUGAAGCAUUUGAUGGUGAUUUUGUAUCCGUUGGUGGCGGGGUACGCGGUGUACUCGCUGAUCUACGAGACGCACAAGUCGUGGUACGAUUGGAUUAUCACCUCGCUGACGAACUUUGUGUAUCUGUUCGGUAG